AUGAAUACCAAAGAAUAUAUCAAAGAUGUUCUUCAACACCUUUGGUUCCCCAUUGAAUUCAUGAUAGUUUCCUUUACCUUUUUACCCGGCACUAUUAUUUCUCUUCUUGCCUCAGCCAACAUUACUACUCUGAGUUCUGUGGAUAGAAUCAAAGAUGCAUGGUUUGCACGAUUCUGGGCCGUUUACGGACCGCGAGUUAGGGAAAGUGCGAGUGAAAAUGCAGAGCCUAUGAUCAAGGCAGCGAGAGGUAUCGUGCUGGAUAUUGGACCUGGUAGUGGCGAGUGGUUACAUGUCUUUGAUAAAUCUAAAGUUACAAAGAUUUAUGGUGUAGAGCCAAAUCGUGAUCAUUAUGAUGGGUUGAGAAGGAGAAUUAAAGAGGCCGGUCUUACCGAUAUCUAUGAGAUUGUGGAAUGUGGUGUUGAAGGAUUGACCAAAUGGGGAAUUGAGGAUGAAAGUGUUGAUUCAGUUGUCACGAUUUUGUGUUUAUGUAGUGUUGGACAACCUGAGGAAAUGAUCAAAGAUUUGUAUAAAAAGUUGAGAAAGGGAGGUAUUUGGGCGCUUUAUGAACAUGUGGUUAAGGAACAGGAAGGUUGGCCUUCGAAGUAUCAGUCUUUAGUCAAUCUGGCUUGGCCUCAUUUCCUGGGUGGAUGUUCACUUAGAAGGGAUACUGGGAAAUCUUUGAGAGAAGUAGGAAAGUGGAGUAAGGUUGAUUUGAAGUAUCCUGCCACUGAGCCUUCAUACGCUAUCGUUCCUCAUAUUAUGGGAACAUUAGAGAAGUGA